AUGGCUUCUCACGAGGUCCCCCAGGACUACAUCCAUGACUCUGACCAGAGUUCUUCGAUCGGUGUCAAGGUCGACGCCACAGAAUUUCGAGAAGAUAUUGGAAAUUCCAGCACGUUGAGACGAGAGCCACCUGCCUAUGUCAAGUCACUCAGUCCGGAGGAGCGACGGAUCGCAGAGCGAGCCCUCGUGCGAAAGAUCGACUUUCGACUGAUUCCUAUGAUCGUUAUCAUGUAUAUUCUUAACUACCUCGAUCGCAACAAUAUUGCAGCAGCUAGACUGGCUGGUCUCGAGGAUGAACUGAAGCUUCAUGGCACUCAAUACCAGACGGCCGUCAGUAUCCUCUUCGUCGGUUACCUGCUUAUGCAAAUUCCGUCCAAUUUGUUCCUCAACAAAAUUGGCAAACCACGCCUUUACCUGCCGACAGCGAUGAUUAUCUGGGGCACUAUUUCCGCCGCGACCGCCGCUGCCCAGUCCUUUGGAGGUCUCAUUGCUGUUCGAUUUUUCCUCGGUUUUGUCGAGGCGUGUUACUUCCCUGGUUGUCUCUAUUUCCUCAGUGCGUGGUAUACGCGCAAGGAGCUCGGUUUCCGGACCGCGAUGCUGUACUCGGGAUCGCUCAUCUCUGGCGCCUUCUCUGGCCUCAUUGCCGCCGGGAUUACGAAGAACAUGGAUGGCACCGCGGGCUUAAGAGCCUGGAGAUGGCUAUUCAUCAUCGAAGGUUGCGUCACCAUUGUCGUGGCGUUCGUGGCAAUCUUCAUCCUGCCGAACUUUCCUCGAACCACGCCCUGGCUGAGCGCACAGGAAAAGGAGCUGGCCGUGUGGCGUCUCGAGGAGGAUAUUGGGGAGGAUGACUGGGUGGGUGUCGAAGAGCAGACCUUCUGGCAUGGGUUCAAGCUCGCUGUCAAGGACAUCAAGAUGUGGAUCAUGAUGCUCAUGCUCUUCUGCAUCGUGGCGUCCGGCUCGGUGACCAACUUCUUCCCGACUGUCGUCCAGACGCUCGGCUAUGGCGACAUUGCGUCCCUGCUGCUCACCGCCCCGCCGUACGUCCUGUGCGUGAUCACGGCCUUCUUCAACGCCUGGCACGCCGACCGCACGGGCGAGCGCUUCUUCCACGUCACGAUCCCGCUCUACGUGGCGGUGGGAUCGUUCAUCCUGGCCGCCGCGACCACGGCGACCGCCCCGCGCUACGUCGCCAUGAUGCUGAUGGUGCCCGGCGUGUACACGGGCUACGUGGUGGCGCUGGGCUGGAUCAGCAACACGAUGCCGCGGCCGCCGGCCAAGCGCGCGGCGGCGCUCGCCGCCAUCAACGCCGUCAGCAACACCUCGUCCAUCUACGCCAGCUACAUGUUCCCCAAGAGCGACGGCCCGCGCUACGUCCUGGCCAUGAGCGUCUGCUCCGCCACCGCCUUCAUCGCCAUCUGCGCUGCCACCGUGCUGCGGCUCAUCCUCGCCCGGCUGAAUCGCAAGCUGGACCGCGGCGAGUGGGUCGAGGGCGCCAUCAAUUCUCCGCGACGAGAUGCGAAACCCGUGGGCGGCGCUCAUAUCAUCGUCCAGGAAGGGGCCGUGCUUGCCGAGGCGGCCGCCAGGGGCUUCCGGUUCUUGUUGUAG